AUGGGUGGCGGUGUGUUCACUUCUUUUUUCCUCUUUUUUCUAAACCACUCACACACAAAGGAAAGAAGUUUCUACCAAGCGCUAAACGCUACUGUGGAAUUCGAGGGCUCUGAAAGGACCAACAGCACACACACAGUCCACACACGCACACAUAUUUUUAUGCUCUCACGUGUUGCUGCAGUGAGGGCACCCCGCACACACAACCGUCGCCGCGUGACCGGAUCGAGCGGAAGGAGGAGGGAAGGAGGAGAGAGUGAGCAGCAGAGACCCGACAUGUCCCGGCAUCUCUUCUGCUCUGCGGUGCUGCUCCUUGUUUUUGCGAUGUUGCGCUGCAGCACUGGAGCAGAACAAGUUGGUAUGAAGGAGCCAGCUGAUCCCCAGUUUAAAUGGGAGGGCAUCACCGGUGAUGAAAAAUUGGACUCGUUGGGUGCUCCCAGCCUUUUGAAGGUGGGGAGUGACGUAUUUGCCGUUGCCGAGGCAAAGUGGAAGAAGGAUGAUGCCAGUUUUACUGGCAUUGCAUCCCAACUUCUCACGACAAAAACUACUGACACACCGGAGGAAGUACUGAAGAAUGCCAACGAUGGGACACAAUUACUGGAGGGAGGUACUCCCAAAGACCCAAAUAAAAGAGUAGAUGUGAGCCGACCAACAACUGCUGUGAAGGGAAGUGAUAUUUACAUGCUUGUUGGAGUCUACACCAAUAAAGUUGCCGCUUCCGUACAGAGUGCCAAGCCUGACGCGAAUCAAUUGGGACUUUUGCUGGUGAAAGGGAGCGUCAAUGAGGUUGCAAAUAGCAAAAAAAUUGUCUGGAAAGAUACUGAGAGUUCCCCGCAAAGACUGUUUGACGCACAGCUCGAUUCCUGGACAAAGCUGAUUGGAAGCGGUGGAUCGGGUGUUAAGAUGGAGGACGAGACACUUGUGUUUCCAGUGGAAGGCACGAAGAAGGAGGCGGAUGGCACUGAAGUGAAUGUGAAGACUAUCUCACUUAUCAUACACUCGAAGGAUAAUACGAAUUGGAAGCUGUCGAAGGGGAUGUCUGACGGUGGCUGCAGUGAUCCCUCCGUCGUGGGGUGGAAGGACAAAACACUCAUCAUGAUGACUGCGUGUGCUGAUGGCCGCCGCAGGGUGUACGAGUCCGAUGACAAGGGGGAUUCGUGGACGGAGGCACUCGGGACGCUCUCGCGCGUGUGGGGCAGCAACCGUAAGCCACAUGAGAAGGGCGUAAGAAGCGGGUUCAUCACAGCGACUUUUGGAAAUGAUGGUGAUAAUAAAAAAGUGAUGCUCGUUACUCUGCCGGUGUAUCCCGAGGACAGUAAAAAAGAAAAUGGUAAUGAAAAGGGCGUACUUCAUCUUUGGCUGACGGACAAUACGCACAUUGUUGAUAUUGGGCCGGUAUCCGGGAAAGGGGACGAUGCUGCCGCCAGCUCCCUGCUGUACAGAAGUGAUGGAAGUAGUGAAGCUAAUAAUAAUGAAGAGUUGAUUGCACUGUACGAGAAGAAGAAAGACAACGAUGAGAAACCAUCACCUGGUGUGGUCUCUGUGCUCCUGACUGCGCAGCUGGAGCGGGUGAAGGAGGUGCUGACGACCUGGAAGGAGGUGGACAAACGUGUCUCUAAGCUGUGUGCCACUUUACUUGCUCAGGAAGAUCGUUUAACUGAAAAUGACUGCAGCGGUGUUAAGAUCACGGAUGGGCUGGUUGGCUUUUUGUCUGGCCAAUUUUCCGAGAAGACAUGGAUGGACGAAUACCUCGGCGUGAACGCCACAAUAGCGGAGAAUGAUGCAGCAGCGGCCACAGGGUCCUCCGAUGGCGUGAAGUUCACUGGGCGUGGCGCAGGGGCGCAGUGGCCCGUUGGCGAGCAGGGGGAGAAUCAGCUGUACCACUUUGCGAACCACAAAUUUACUCUUGUGGCGACGGUGUCCAUCGACGGUGUGCCGGAGGAGGGAGAUACCCUUAUUCCAUUGAUGGGUGUGAAGAUGAAUGACAGUGAUAAGACUGUACUCCUGGGACUGUCGUACAACAAUAAAAAGAAGUGGCUAUUACUGUGCGAUGGCGGAGAGAACAAGGAGCUCAGCAUCACAUGGCAACCAGGGAAAAAACACCAAUUGGCCAUUGUGCUACAGAACGGCAAACAGGGCUCUGCGUACGUCGAUGGUAAGCGUGUGGGUGGGGAUGAACAAUGCAAAUUGGAAAAUACGGAAUCUAAGGUGAUCUCACACUUUUACAUUGGAGGGGAUGGAGGCAGCGCAGAGAUCCAAGAAGGCGUGUUUGUGACGGUGACGAACGUCCUGCUGUACAACCGCCCGUUGAGUUCCACAGAGAUUGGUGCCCUCAACCCGAAUAAAGCCUCCACUCCACCUGCGGUGCCUGACAAUGCCCAAGGAACCCCGUCGCAGUCCUCUUCUGCCGGGCAAUCGCCGUCGGAGCCUAAAUUGUUGAAUGAAAAUCAGGGUGCGGACAGUGGCGGUGCAUCCGCAUCAGCGGUGUCCACUGUCAGUAUUCCAUCAGCAGAAAAUGGCUCAGUAAAGAAGGUGGCGUCAGGAAAAUCUUCCGAUGGAACUCAAACUGUGGAUGGCGGUUCUACUGCUGAUGGCGAGCCAAAGAUGGAGAAAAGAGGAGGAGGAACGGAUGCGCAGGAGGAAGAGGUCCAGCCACAGGUCAGGAAAGUAAAUGCUACGGCACUCAACAGCAACCUCGGAAGUUUGUCGCAGGGGAAUAACAGCGACGCUGGCACCAUGAGUGAGAGCGGACUGUUGCCAUCGCUCCUUCUUCUGUUGGGACUGUGGGGUUUGCGGCUCUGUGAGGAGUGA